AUGGAGAGGCACCGGAAGCGAGAGCUUCGCGAGCUCAACCUCAAAGCAUGGGACGGCGAGCAGGAUGUCUUCGCCGUGCAAGGCUCCCUCGACUCGUCCAUGAAGAAGAACACGGCCUUCAUCAAGCGCCUCCGAACCGCCGUAAACGCCGCCUCCCAAGCCCAGUUCAUCCAGGAAAUUCGCAGCCUGUCACUCCACAAAUACCUCUCUGAGAUCAUCUCGGCCUGCUAUGAGGGUCUGUGCAAGCUCAAGACUCCCGGCGAGAUCGGCGCCGGCGUCGAGAUAGUCAGCGCUCUUCACCAGCGUUUCGGCCCGACCGAGUUCACGGGAUAUAUUGGCUGGUAUAUUGGACGAGGCCUGGCCACGCCUGACAAGUCUCACCUAAAGACAUUGUCGCCUGAGGUGCGCGACCGAGAAGAGAAGGAACGUCUCGCCCGGCAGCGCGUGCUCUUGCGUGUAGCCACCGAGCUAUGGCUUGUUGGAGUGCUGCGCAGCCUCGACGACGUUGCCAGACCUGAAGAGGCAGGCAAGGGCAAGGACACUGGGAAGCUUGUAGAAGGGCCUGCCAAGACCCGCGCUCGCGCUGAGAAUGCCGAUGCGGAGCCUUUUCCCCUAGAAGUGUUGAAGGACAUGCUCGGACACGACCGUGAGCAUGUCAAUCUACCUCUGGUUGUUAUUUUCGUCAAAGCUUUCGCUUGGGACAUUCUGGGAUCGAAGCCAGCCUCUGCCGAGGGCCGAAAGACCGUCCACGAGGAUGGAACCACGACCACUGCAAAAAACGAAGAGAACUCGGCUUCGGAAAGCGAUGAGCAGGUCAGCAAGGACCCCCCGAUCAUCUCAUCUGAGCUGCAGCAGCGCUUCAAGAAUGUCUUGCUGCGUUACUUCGAAGAUGUCAAGGCCCACCUUUUGCGCGACCAGAAGCACAUCCUCAGCCAGGGUCGCAAGAAUGCCGAAGCCUACGUCAAGUCUGGUGAGGUGUUCGAAGAUCGCCAGUCCAACUACGAGAAACAGAUGAAAGCUCAAGAGCGUCUCAUUGGCAACGGACAGGUCUUGGCAGAUGCGCUGGGCGUGGAGAUGCCUGAUCUCAAAGAAAAGGAUACUGCUGCCAACACGGGCGACGGCGCCAUUGGGCUAGUCAAGACGGGCGAAUACUUGCGUGGCCUAAGCGACGGUCCAGGCAUCUGGGAAGAUGAGGACGAACGCCGCUUCUACGAGAACUUGAUCGAUUUGAAGGAUCGCGUUCCUAUCGUCUUGCUUGAAGACGCAAAGAAGAAGAAACCAGAUGGCGAUGACUCAACGAACGAAAAGGAGAAGGAUGUAGCGGAGCCCUCUGCCGAAGUAAAGUCUGCCGAAGCCGACGACCAGUCCACCACUAUUGCCAACAAAUCCGUGGGUGCGCAAGUCGACGCGAUUCUCGCCCGACUUCCCGAGCUCAACACCAAGGAUGCAGUUGAUCAGGCUGCCAUGGACUUUGGCUUUCUCAACUCCAAGGCUUCUCGCAACCGCUUGAUCAAGGCCGUCCAGGAGAUUCCCAAAGGUCGCUCAGACUUGCUGCCAAUCUACUCCAGACUGAUUGCAACGCUGAGUAAAUACAUGCCAGACGUCUCCCAGGGUCUAGUAUCGUACCUCGAUGACGAAUUCCGCAGUCUCCAGCGGCGCAAGUCGAAGGAUUUCCUCGGCCAGGUCCGAACACAGAACGUGCGAUAUCUUGCAGAGCUGACCAAAUUUGGCGUUGUGCCUGAGCAUGUCAUCUUCCAUUGCCUCAAGGUCAGCUUAGACGACUUCUCCAGAAUGAACAUCGAGAUCAUCUGCAACCUGUUGGAGAACUGCGGUCGAUACCUGCUUCGUAACCCGGAAACUUCGCCUCGCAUGGCUUCUUUCUUGGAGACGCUACAGCGGAAGAAGAGUGCCCAGGUGCUCGGACAGCAGGAGCGUAUGCUUAUCGAAAACGCUGUCUACUACGUUAAUCCUCCCGAGCGCGCCGCUAUCGAGCAGAAAGAGCGAACGCCGAUCGAGCUGUUCUUGCGCAAGAUCAUGUACCAGGAUCUCACUCGCCGGACACUCGACAAGACUGUUAAGCAGAUCCGCAAGAUGCAUUGGGAGGAGGAUGACAUUGUGAACCUUCUCCACAAGGUCUUCGCCAAGCCUGGCAAGAUCAAGUACAGCAAUAUUCACUUGCUGGCCGUCAUUCUUGGCACGAUCCAUCGGUAUCACCAAGACUUCGGCAUCUCAGUCAUCGACGACCUUCUUGAGUCGAUCACGUUCGGCUUGGAGCUCAAUGACUUCAAGUUUAAUCAACGUCGGAUUGCCGAAGUCAAGUACCUAGGCGAGUUGUACAUCUACCGUCUCGUGGACUCUCCUCUCGUCUUCGACACUUUGUACAAGCUGCUCAAUUAUGGCUGGGAGGGCGGCUAUGCCCGUCCAGGUCUUUAUAAUCCAUUGGACCAAUCAGACGACUACUUCCGCAUUCGACUGGUCUGCAAUCUGCUCGAGAGCUGCGGCAUGUACUACGACAAGGGUGCGGCGAAGAAGAAGCUUGACUUUUUCUUGACUUACUUCCAAUACUACGUCUGCACCAAGGACGCUCUGCCGAUGGAUGUCGAAUUCAUUGUGCAGGAUGCGUACAACCUCACUCGACCACAAUGGAAGCUGAUCACCAAUCUGGAGGAGGCAUCCCAAGCAUUUGGUGAGGCUGUCAAGCAAAACUACCAGACUGCUGCGGCCGAUAAGCCAGUCGAGCCGGAGGACGAGGAUGCGUCUGCAUCGGAUGACGAGCUUGACGGUCCUGAGGACGAAGAUGUGGUGAUGCCAGACGGUGAGGGAGACGACUCGUCCAGCGACUCCGAAGAGGAAUCUGAUGAUGAUGAACCAAAGCAGGCUCUGUCUGACGACGAAGAGGAGCAAAUCAUCGUCACACGUCCUGAGGAUGAGCGCGACCCCGAGGCUGACGCUGAGUUCGACCGUGAGCUUGCCAAGCUCAUGUCUGAGAGUGCAGAGUCGCGAAAGUUCGAGCGCAAGCCUGUCUUCGACGUGCCACUCCCAAUGCGCCGUGCUAGGGAAGCCACCGUCAAUGCCGAAGAUAGCGGCAACGAAGCACCUGUGGCCCCUGUCAUGCCAUCUAACACAGUCAAGUUCUCGCUGCUCAGCAAGCGCGGAAACAAGACGCAGACGCGUUCCAUCGAUUUACCAUCAGAUUCGACAUUCGCUGUCGCCAUGCGCAACAAGCAGCAAGCCGACAAGGAAGAACAGCAGCGCAUCAAGAGCCUCGUCUUGAACUACAACGAAGCUCGCGAUGACGGCGAAGAGCCUGGUAAUUCACCAUUUCAUUACACCCUUCAACCUAACGCAAAUCGAAAGCAUACUGAGACAUCAAAAGGUCUGGACAAAACUCCAAAUCCCUACGCGCAACCGCGCCUCGAUAAGGCUGGGCAUAACCGCAGCAACCAGCGUGCUCGCAAGCUACAACUCUCAGACGUCAACUGGUAUGCCGACUCUCGUUCCUCUCCUUUGCCGAGUCGAUCUGGAUCUGCGGUGCUACUAUCACGACGGGCCAACGCCGCUUCAAAACCGGCGGCAGUGUCGAAGUGA